AUGUUUCGUUCUAGAACAAGUGCGCAGAAGCCCGAUGAUGGGCUGUUGGCAGACUUCAGGCAAAAGUUUCCAGAAGUCUCUACUGGAGUCACUGAACCUACCGCUCCAGCCAUCUCUCAAGCGGCAACAGCAGCUUUCAAUCCCAUUAUCAAUGCACCGACUCACGAAAGAGUACAUGUCGAACAUGAAGCCUUUCGAGACAUGGACCCAACACCUCGGGCUGUCAAUGACCCUUGGCGAUUUACACCAUCGCUCUUGGACGCCAGUGCCUUCUCCUUCAACCCUCUCACUCCUGGUGCUACUGGUGUCACAGGUGUUACUGGUGUCCCCGUUGCUGCCGGUGUACCCGUUGUCACCGGCGUCCCUAGUGCUCAAUCCUACUAUCCUCCUACUCCUGGAGGGUCUGGCACUUUGCUCCCGCAAGUGAUUGAGAUGCACCCUCCUUCUAUGGCUAUCAGCACUGGCCUGGAGACCCCUCUAUCGGUACCCACAACACUUGAUAUUAUACAACCCAGUGUUGAAGUUUCUAGUCUGGCAGCCUUUCCUGCGAUAGAAGCUCACUCGAUACCUCCAUUUGUUGAUCCUUUUGUUGUUCGGGGGCAUCCGCAUCCAGCGUUUGUACCGUCCGAAUUCGUACAUCAUGAUACAGGAUAUGAAACGAUGGAACCUGACGGAUCUCCAAUGGAUUCUGACCCAUCAGACGAACGAAUGCCGACGAUCGCCGCUGCGCUACCCCCGCAGCAACUGGCAGUAGUACAAAACGUCCAACCUCUUCCGCCAACCGCCGAAAAAUUCCGUUUCCAUUCGACUUUGAAUGCCCCGACAGCCAUGGUAAAGCAUGCCACCGAGAUUCCAGUCACUUACCUGAACAAGGGGCAAGCAUACACCUUAUCUGUCGUGGAUACAGGGGUUCAUCUUCCGGUUAGCCCUGGUACCCGAUAUAGGACGUAUGUGCGCAUAUCUUUCGAAGAUGAACAUCAGCGACAAAAACCAGGUGUUUGCUGGAGCUUGUGGAAAGAGGGAAGAGGGACAAAUGAAGCCCACCAAAGGGGAGGCCGGCUCCAAGCUGUCGAGUAUGUCGAAGCCGGUCAGCCUGUUGACGGCGACGACAAGAGAACUCGCAUAGAGCUAGAGUCGUCUUCCUUUGACUGCUUUUCUGUUAUCUGGACCCCAGGCUUGAAUGGCGCUGCUGAAGCUAAUAUUCCCGUUCGCUUCAAUUUUCUUUCGACAGAUUUCAGCCAUUCAAAAGGUGUCAAAGGCAUUCCUGUACGACUUUGCGCAAAGACUAGCCUCUUCACUGCCGAUUCGCUACCUUCGCCUCCGGAAGCCGCUCCUGAGAUCUGCUAUUGCAAAGUCAAGCUUUUCAGAGAUCACGGUGCUGAGCGAAAGUUGUCCAACGAUGUGGCUCAUGUGAAGAAGUCGAUUGACAAACUGAAGCAGCAAAUCGCGCAAGCUGAAGGUGGACUCAAAGACUUCAAGCGAAAAAGGAUGAGCGGCUUAGGCAAAGCAGGGAUGCCCGGCAAGAUACACAAACACAAGAGGACAUGGUCCAUGUCUUCAGCUAGCUCUGCUGGCGGCGCAGCUCCUCGACUCUCGUUGGAAGAUGACCUUCAGUACAAGUUACAGACACUGCAGGACAUGUUUACCAGCACGAGGCCGGUGAGCGUUUUGUACCUGCGGGGUGAGGAGCUGGACGACCCUGACUUGCACCCCGUAUCGCUACAGGGCGACGCGGCAUCUGGCAAGGUCGAGUUCUUGCGUGAAGGAAGCAUCUGGCAGGCUCGCAGCACCCACAGCUCUAUAGCUGGCUCAUUGGUGUCUCCCUCCCCAAGCUCACUCUCUCUAGCAUCUCAAGCAUCCGCUAUCGGCUCUGGCGUCCAGUGGCAGAAUUUUGACUCGACCGGCAUCAAGAGGGUAGAAAACCCCACUACAAUCAGCAAAACGGAAGACGAUGGUACCUUGAGUGGGUGGAUUGAAGCCCUGGGCGUCGACCCGUCUUACCGACCUCCUUCUGAACGGCCCGCGAAACCGAUUGCAUGCCUCUACAUCGCCCGCAUAGGACAGGCGGAGCCUGGAAAGAAAGAAUACCACAGGGCGAUUUACCUUUCCGCGCGUACACUCCAGGAACUCGGCAACCGGAUCGCCGCCAAGUGGGGUCUCGAUUCAUCUCGCAUCAUUCGAAUAGUACAUGCGACAAAGAUCGGGAUUGAGAUUGAAAUGGAUGAUGACGUGGUCCAGGAGCUGAAAGAGGGUCAAGAUAUGCAGCUGGAGAUUGAAGAAGUGAUUGAACAGCCAGACAUGAAGCGGGAAUGGGAGAUGUCGAUUGAUGACGAAGACGAGGCAUCUCCAUCGACAGCGGGCCUAAUUCUCCGGCUUAUUUACUGA